ACUCGUGCCACAUUUUACAGCAGCUGUGUAAGAGGCCACGCUGUGACAAAAUAUCUGGCAUGUCCUUGGUGCGCCCCCCCUCCGGCUGCAGGCGCCCGGGAGCGGAGGGGGUCCUGGACGAGAUCCGUGUUGCCCUGCUGGAGUGCAAGGUGUGCUUCGAGAGCUUCAGCGUGCGACAGAGGGAACGGAGGCCCCGCAAUCUGCUCUGCGGCCAUGUUCUGUGUGCAGCUUGCGUUGGCGCCCUCUCGAAUCCCGUCCUGCGGACCCUGGAGUGCCCCUUCUGCAGAAAGGCGUGCAGCGUGUGCCACACGUCGGACUGCCUUCCCCUCGCCGACCUCUCAGAGCUGCUGCACAGGAGCUCGGCCCCCUCCCCCCCCCCUCCCGUGAGCAGAGAUGCCUCCAGGCCUGGGGGGCUGGCUGCGGGGGCCCUGCGCCUACAUUCUGCCUUUGGGGGGUGGGGAAAGCUGGUGAACCCCACUGGGGUCGCCGUCUCUGAGGCAGAGGGGGCCAUCGUGGUGGUGCACGACGGCCAACGACGAGUGGUACUUUUCAGAGCCUGGGGCGAGGAGCUGCACAAGUUCGGUCAGAAAGCAGGUUCCGCUGAGGGGAUACUCCACCCCCUGGAUGUGGCAGUGGUGCCUGACGGGCACGUGGUGGUGACUGACGGCGGAGACGGUGCUGUGAAGGUGUUCACGCCGGAGGGAUGCCCCGUGGUGACAGUGCGGGAUUCCUUCCGGCUGCCGUGGGGCGUGACUGUAGACAGGAGGGGUCACAUCCUGGUGACGGAUGCCGAGGGAGACACGCUCUCUCAGCUAGCGGUGGACUUCACCCGCAGCCGGACCGUGCUGAAUCGGGUGGCUUGUGCUGACCUGCAGUGUCCCAGAUCGGUGGCUUGCUGUCCGGCUACAGGGAGGGUGGUGGUGUUGGAGCACAUGGGGGACCCGGCGGACGGGCGGAGAGGCCGCAGGCCUGCGCGAUUCAGCCUCUUCAGCAGAGAGCUCGUUCUCCUCUCGAGGAUCGACAGCUUCGGCCUCAGCCUCGCAUCUCCGCCGCGUCUUCGUAUCUCCGCCGUGGCUUUCGACUUGCAUGGGAACGUGAUCGUGGCAGAUGUGGAACAGGCGUCGAUUUGGAGUUUGGGGACGUCUCAGGGUUCGCCACCCCUCAUCCCCCUGGUCAGCGAGGGUCUGCUGUGUCCCCUGGGACUGGCGGUCACUUCCCAGAACAUGCUGGUCGUCUUAGACAGCGGCGACCAUACGGUGAAAAUUUUCUCAGCUAGCUCUGACCCCAUCUCCCCCCAACAAUGACAGAACCCUACGAUGCUGCAUGUGGGCUUGAUGUUUGGGCAAAUCUCCAGCCUCCUCACUCAGGUGCACCUCACAUCUACAGCACUGAUUCUGUUCCGUACACUGGAAUUGUUGGUAUGUUUUAAUUCAGCCGGUCACUUGUCUAAUGUACGAUGCUAUUCCACUGCUUCCACCAGUAGAUGUGUUUCUAAUGCAUCUCCUAAUGAUACUCUGCUCUCCCAGGCAUAUCUGCUAAACACCUGAGGAAGUCCAGGUACAUCAGUGCUGUGGAAAGCAGGUCAGCAGCCGUCCAUAAUUAAUCGAAUGAAAAUGUCACAGGAAAAUCAAUGUACAAUGCUAUGGUUGCAUAAUAGUGUUAAAAUGUGUGGGUUAUUAUUUAAAAAUAAAAUUA